UUAAAAGUGAAUAAUAACGGAAGGUAUCAUGUGUAGAUCAUAGGAGUGAAACAUGUGGCGUUUGGUAAAACCUUGUUAAGAGUCAAGACAGAGUGAGUGACUGACAGACAUACAGACUUCAACUACUACCUUUCUUCUCUUGUGUCCUGUCCACACUCAACCCCAUGGCUAUGGCUUCUUCAUUCUCCACCAUCUACGCUCGCUCUUUGUCUCUCCCCAAUCUAAACCACCGCUUUUGUAAUUCUCUCUCACUCCCAACUCUCUCCAUCAUUUCUCGCCCUCCACAUUCUCAUUCCAACCUCUUCACUUCCCGUCCUCCUCUCUUCACACUUCCCAAAACCUCAACCAUCAUUCAUGCAUCCGGAAACGGCGGCGGAAUCGGAGGUGGUGGAGGAGGAGAAGGAGGCGAUGGCGGUGAUGGUGGAUCGGGGGACAGAGAUCGGAACAGAGAAGAAGCGUUGAUGGUGCUUGCGGAGGCUGGUAAGCCGCUGGAGAGUUUGCCAGCUGAUUUAGCAGAGGCGGUUAAAGCUGGACGAGUUCCAGGUUCGAUUGUGAAGAGAUUUUUCGAGCUGGAAAAAUCGAGUGUGUUCCGGUGGUUGCUUAAUUUUGGAGGGUUUAGAGAGAGAUUGCUUGCUGAUGAUUUGUUCCUUGCUAAAGUUGCCAUGGAAUGCGGUGUUGGAAUCUUUACAAAGACUGCUGCGGAGUUGGAGAAGCGAAAAGAAAACUUUACUAAAGAGCUUGAUUUUGUUUGUGCUGAUGUGGUAAUGGCCAUUGUGGCAGAUUUUAUGCUCGUGUGGCUUCCUGCUCCGACUGUUUCUCUUCGACCACCACUUUCUGUUAGUGCCGGGCUUAUUGCUAAAUUCUUCUUUGGCUGCCCUGAAAAUGCUUUUCAGGUGGCUUUGGCUGGAUCGUCAUUUUCACUUAUACAGAGAAUAGGUGCUAUUGUGCGGAACGGAGCCAAGCUAUUUGCAGUUGGAACUGGUGCAUCACUGAUUGGUACUGGUGUAACAAACGCAUUGAUUAAUGCACGGAAGGUUGUUGAUAAAUCUUUUGCUGACGAGGCUGAGGAAGUACCAGUAUUAUCUACGAGUGUUGCCUAUGGUGUUUACAUGGCAGUAUCCAGCAACCUAAGGUACCAAAUUCUAGCUGGAAUUAUCGAACAACGGAUUUUAGAUCCGUUGCUGCACCAAAACAAGCUCUUGUUAAGUGCAGUCUGCUUUGCUGUUAGAACCGGAAACACUUUCUUGGGCUCACUAUUGUGGGUGGAUUAUGCUCGGUGGGUUGGAGUCCAGAAGAUAAGGGAUUAAGGUUUUUCAAUUGCAAGUCAUCAAGCUCUAAGAGUCUUGAAUUACAUACAUGGUGGCCAAUGAAGGUAAACGAUCCAUCAGCAUAACUAGCAGGAAGGUGCAGCAUGAGACAAUGUAGGGUCACGUUUUUUUAUGGGGAUGAUUCAGGCAGUCUCUUCGGUGUUGAUUGUUGUUAUGUGUGUAUAUUGUUUAUAUUGAAAUUACAUGAUUGAAAACACUUUCUUCUAUAAUGUUCUUUCCUUCCCUUUGA